GUGGUUCUUGGACUGUCUCGAGCAUGGUUAAGGCAGAACUGCACCAGCCGUAGCGUCAUCAGUUUUUCUGUGCUCCCUUCACUCCACAUUUUUGCUCAAAUUUUACGUCUUUCCUCGCCAUUCCCCUCAUCUAAUAAGCUGCUCGCAAAGUCUAUUGUCAGCGCUUACUACUGUCUUAUUCGUCGUUGCGGGCCUCCUUUGCGGGCCGACAUGGCGCAGCCGAGAAUAGAUACAGGCCUACCCGGAAAUCAAUCUGAGAAUGUCCUCAGCGGAGAUCCAAUGGACAUUGAAGCGGAUGACAUCGAUGCAAAAUCCCAGACUAGGGUCGGACUACUCUCCCAUACGUUGGUCCCAAGCCCCAUUAUACAGUGGAUUUUACCCGCGCGUUUGAGAGGCAGGCACCAGAACGAUGUCGUGUUCGUCGGUGAACGAUGUCUUCAGAUCAAGGAGGCGGUGUCAGGCACCCAUCUCGAGGAAGUCACUGUCAAGCACGACCUUGAUUCGUAUAUCAUGGCAGCCAAAGUCAUCAAUGUGAGCACAGAACUACCCUGGGAGGCUCAGAUGCGACUGGGUGAUAGUAGAUCGGCCAUGUCAGCGGACACAGACUUGUAUCAAGACCUGCCUCCUCAAAUUCUGGUACUUAGCCUCUCUUCAAGAGAGCUCACGUUCUUAUACUACUGGAAUGCCGGUGACCAAUUCAUCUACCACCAUCGACCAUUGCCGAAUGAUGUCAGCGCCUUUGAGAAAUUCGGUCGAAAUAUUGCUGUAGAGCCGCGAUCCCGGGUUGUUGCAGUCAGCGCUUCUUGUGACUAUUUCGGAAUAUUCGUCCUCAAGGACCCUGCUGUGCUCCAAUCACAGAUGGCACAGAAUAGACUCGACCCAAUAGCAGAGGAACGGUUUUUUCGUGUCGAGGGCGAUAUUAUAGCUAUGGAAUUUUUGUAUCCUACCCCCGAGGAUGGAGAUAGAAUCAUUCUGCUUUUACUUAUCGCCCAGGACCAGGUCACGCAUGCCGUCUGUUACGAAUGGAAUGCCUACGAUUCGCUACGACAGGUAACCCCAAAGGUGACCAAGAAAGUGCUACCGCUUGAGGACAGACUACCCACGAUGCUGAUUCCUCUUACCAAAACAUCAUCAUUCGUUCUCGUCACCACAACUUCCAUGGUCAUCUACCAGGACAAACUAGACCCCCGGAGGCAGCCCACUAGAUACCCCCUUCCAGUCCCCGAUCGUGAAUCUCAGCGACAACCGCUCUGGACCAGAUGGGCAAGGCCUUUGCGCAAUUGGCUAUACAAUCAGAAACACGAUGACAUCUACCUAUGUCGAGAGGACGGAAGGGUAUUCUAUCUGAGCGUUGGCAAUGAGGGUGAAGUGGAGAAUCAAACCCAUCUAGGACAGCUUUGCUGCGACGUCGACGCUGCCUUUGACAUCUUGGAUAUCGGAUACGAGGGCGGUGACCUACUUCUUGCGGCCGGCACAACUGGAGACGGUGGGCUUUUUGUGCAGAAGGCACGGGAUCAUCCGAGAUGUGUUCAACGGUUCAUGAAUUGGACACCAGUCACAGACUCUGUUAUCGUCAGAGAUGAUAAUGCCUCAAAUUCAGGGGUACCAGGAGAUCGCUUUUUUGUUUGCUCAGCUUCUUCCUACGCGCGCGGGGCAGUGGUAGAGCUUCGUCAUGGCAUUGAGGCACAGAGUGGCUUGGUUGUGUCCCUAGAAGAAUUGUCGAGCACGGCAGACAUCUGGAUCAUGUCAGACAGUAUGAAUGGAGGCAUAUUCAUAUUGACAACUGACCCCGUGUCUACAGUACUCCUAUAUCUGGCUGCUGACUAUAUGGAGGAGAUCUCUGCUAUUGAUGAGAAGGAAUCCGGCCUCGACUAUGGCACACAGACUUUAGCCGCCGGAUGUACUGACACGGGAGCCAUCAUUCAAGUUACGGACAAGGCCAUUCACAUUGGGGCGACUUCUGAUCUGUGGUCGUGUUAUCGGCAUGAGUAUGGUCCUGAGCAUCAUAUUGUGGUCGCUGCUGUGAACGGGUCAUCGUUGCUUGUUGCUGCUGCGGUCCGAACAUCACAUGAGGUACAUCUUCAUCUCAAGAGACUCAAUUUCGGCAGUGGUCAAGCCCAGCUGCAGGAUGUCGGCCCAGCCUUGCUCAUCUGCUACAGUCCAGUAUGUAUGUCCAUCGAGACAUUGGACUUGUGCACAUACGUGUUCAUAGGCACGGGCAAUGGCAAAAUCUUGGUAUAUCGCGUAACGGACACCGUUUCUCUCAUGUCUGAGAUAACCAUAAAGGUCGAGGGGCCCGACGAUAUUUCCAAGGCCAUUGAUAGCCUUGCGAUGAUCACAACUACAGGUAGCGGCCUAUCCAACCAUUACACUCUGCUGUGCGGCCUUCGAAGUGGAAUCCUCAUUCCUUUCGAGGUAAUGAUUGACAGCGAGACAGGCCUCUCUCUCGACGCAUUCAAGCAAUUAGAACCGCAGCGGCUAGGACACACGUCAGUGAAAGUGCAAAGUAGGGGCGACAUCGCGCUAUUGACUUGUGGCCAUGGAUUCUGGCAGGUAUCAUGCAGUCGUGAAUCAGUCACGGCUAGCUAUUUAACGCAACGGGUCUGGAUCACCGACCAAAACAAUCCUGCCUAUCAUCCAAGCACAAUCAAUAGUUUUUGCAUCGCAGCCGUAGGAGGUCCAGGCGCAGAGACUCUUUCUGAUACUCUCUUCUGUGUCGCUGAUGGCCAACUGAUGAUCUGUACUCUGGAUCAGAAACCGAAAACUGUGCCGAGAAGGAUUGACCUACCAGGAAGUGCUAGCAAACUCAUGUACUCGCGGCAUCUAAGGAGUUUGAUUGUGGCUUACAAUCAGACCGCGUAUGAUACGGAUACCGAUCCCAUCAAACGCUACACACGGUCAUAUAUCGAGUUUGUAGACCCCGAUUCGCAGAGCUCGAUGGCCACGACUCCGGAUAACCCUACCACCAGUGAUAGUAGUCGUCCUUGGCGACCACAGAGUGCGGCUGGGGAGAAAAUCAGCUGCAUACUCGAGUGGACGCCCAGGAAAGAUGGUGAAGAAUAUCAUUUCAUCGUCAUUGGUACUUCACGCAGGAAACAGCAGGAACGUGGCAGAGUCAUUUUCCUCCAGACAUACCGAGAUCCGAACAAUCCGUCACACAUCGAAUGCAAUGUGAAGCACAUCCAUAAGUUUGAGAAUCCAGUCUUCUCCAUUGUUCCAUAUGGUGACUUUACGUUGAUGGUUUCGACCGGCCACACAAUCGUACCGCUAGAGCCCAAGCUUUCUCACAAUCAAGGUAUUCGGACAGCAAGGUACAAUGUCCAUUCGCCUGCGAUCCUCAUGACGGCGCGUGAGCCCUAUUUGUAUCUUACAACUUCCCGAGAGUCACUCGUGAUUCUGAAGGCUGGCGAAGACAAGUUGACUCUUCAUGCGCAGGACCGUCUGAAGCACGAUGGUCUUUCCCACGUCCAUCUUGAUGGCUAUUCAAAUCUCAUCUUGACCUCCAGCCGAGCCGGCCGGGUCAGUAUCUUGACAGAGGAUGGGCUUGAUGAGCGCGAUACCACGAUGUCUUCAGCUUUGUGCGAGGCGCAUCUUCCCUCUUCUGUGAUAAGACUGGGCACAGGAGCUAGAAGAUCCCCGUUGUCGUCUCAGUCUCAAGUGAUCUACGGAACUGCCAUGAAUGGUACUAUCUACCGGUUCUUGCCUAUCAAUGAGAAAGAAUGGCGUCUUCUUCGCCUGCUACAGAAUCUGUGCAUAAGGGAUCCCAUACUAUGUCCCUUCACGCCCAGAAGACAACGACAACGCAAUCCGACCAACUUGGUCGACCAACCAACUCAAAUGCACAUUGACGGCGACUGCUUGAGUCGCCUCUUGACGCGGGGGACUCAGGACCUGCUUCGAUUGCUGAACUCCGAAGAGAUUAACGGGCAAGCUCAUCACUCAGCGCAGAUGAUCUGGGAGCGAUUCUUAGAAUUCACGCGAGAUGUACUUGGGGAGACUAGUUCUCCGGCCGAAUCAGCGAUAGGGUGGUUACGACGAGUUCUUCAGGUGGAAUUUUAGAAAAGCGUGG